AUGACUGAAUUUUGCAAUGUUACUUCUCGGCAUCAUGCAGUGGUUCUCUUUUCCGACGUUAUCAGUCUGGUUGGUGAUAAUGGUAUCGCUCGGAUAUGUUUAGUUUACUGCAAAAUACCAAUGAUUUCUUCUUGCAUGUAUUUCUGCUCAGUUAUAUUACACAAUGGAUAUGACUCGUUGGUGUUUGGCUUACCCGUCGAAAGAUGCUACCACUUCUGUUUCCUGUCAGGAUUUAUUUGUUUUGCAGCAGAAGUGAUUUAUACAGUUUGUUUUGCAUUUUUAACCAUAUUCUGGAAAAUUUGA